UUUUAAAGUAGUUUUAAACUAAGGUUAAUUAAAACAUUUUGCGUAUAUAAAAGGAGAGGGUGACGAGAGGUAUAGUUGAAUAGAGAGGAAAGAGAGAGAGAAGGAGAAUUAGAGAGGAUGGGUUAUUGUUCUGCAAUUCGGCUGUGUUUAUGCAUCUUCUUUGCACUUUCGAUCGUCUCUUCGGGUCGUCUCAGUUUUUCAUUUUCAGAAAAUGAAAAGAUGGUGGCAAGAGGUAGAUCAUUAAUGAUGGUGAGCACCGAUGACUACGGCGAGCCAGCGGCCAACGCCAGACACAACCCACCAGGUGGGAGGCAUGGAGGAGGUCGGAGAGGGUGAGAGAUAAAAACAAAAUGUUUUCUUAUUGUUAAAGAAAAAACAAGUAAAAAUGUUUUGAGAUAUAUAUAAUAUUUUAAUUUUCCUCAUUUUCUUUUGGCACUGUCGCCUCUUUCAUAUGCUGAACAAUAAAACCAUCGGAAAACAAUAUGUACUGAUAAAUAAACAGAUAAUGAACACCUAGACUUGUAACUGUUGAUCUCAAUGACAAUGAAAUGGUAAAAUUAUCA